UUCUCUUUCAUCUCCAUUCUUCACCUAAUGCAUUUAUUUUUCUUCUAUUCAAUACAACAAGAUGAGUAGAGGAUGACAAAAACUGUCUCGAGCAACUGGAAAAGGCUACAAAGUUAACUAUCUCCUCACAGCAAGGUGACAAGAGGAUGACAAGAAUAGGCGCGCGCGUGCAUGAUGGCUUGAUGGCUUCGCGUAGGACGUCGCACCCGAUGCGCUUAUAAAACGGUGAAUGAUGUAACGCGAGCCUCCACGUGUGUCUCGCUUACUAUAUCGAUAGCGGAAUUCUGUGUCGGCGCCUCGCAGCAGGAAAACAAACCAGCGAACCGCGCAGCACGAUGCUAUAGUCAAAGUUGAUGUAAAAGAGAGAGAGAAAGAGAGGAGGAAUCUUUUUCUGCGCAUAUUUGCGACUCGACUUGAUCUUGGGGGCUUCCUGCGCGAUAAAAGCUAGUCGCUCUCCUGGGAUUGGAACAGCGGAAGUUUGGCCUCGUCUUCCGAUACCAAACACCUUCAAAGCAGGAUCAACGACACACUAUUGCGCGUCUACUCGGAGAUAACGACGUGGAGGAGGCCACGCGAUCGUCGAUCACGAGCACGACGGCUGAUUCCGAUGGGUUGUUCCGCGCGCGAAUCUUCUUGGUGCAAUGAUAACGCGAGAUAUGUAUUUGCAGGGAGAGAGAGAGAUAGAGAGAGCAGAACUACACCCGAAAUAAACAAACAAUUUAUUUCGGAAUAAGCAUGGGUGGUCUGUGGCAUCGACACGUGCAGUCACCCUCGAAAAAAGCGGUGCAUGGCCCUGGCCGAAUAAAGCCGCGACAAAACAGGAUGCGAGCGAGAAAGAGAGAAAGGAAAGUGGGAACUUGUGCUAAUGUUCUGGAAUUACGUGCCGCAAGAAGACGGGUCAUUGGAUUUGCAGAAAACGAGAAACGAGGAAGAGGAGUGGAAAAUACAUCUAGCAAAGAUGCAGAAAGGAGUAAAUGAAACGUGGAGAUCCAGAAGAGAGAGAGAGAGGGAAGAAUAACACAAGAGGACACAAGAAAAGUAUGCGAAGAAAGAAAGAAGGAGAGACCUGGACGAAGGCCCGACGCGACGAGAUGCUGAGGUGGAGGAGAGAGACAGAGAGAGACAGAAGACGCAGGUUGUGCGUGACGCUCGGAGUGCGCCGUGACGCCAUGACGUAUCGACCGCGUUCGCCACGCGCGCUGACGUCACGAUCACGGCCCGAGUCAGACUUGGAGCACGUGAACAGCACGCCUGCGAUCACGCGGUCGCGGCCUGACCGGGCUACGUCGAUUGGUCGAUCCUCGACGAGCCCCUCGUCGAGAUUGGUCGUGCCCGCGCGUUGCGCGUGAUCACGUCGGCGCGCUCCCGAGCCAGCCUCUGGCCAGACCUGAGAAAGCUUCAUUGCGCUGCGAGACGCCCGUCCGUUACGUCCUGUGGAUCAGUCGCUCCACUUUUGCCAAAGAGGGCUCGGCGCGCUCGUAUAUAAGUUCACUUUUUUUGUCUGCGAAUUUUCGGUGUUUCUCGAUUUGAACAAAACAUUUUUUCUUGCUCUUUGAAUUGUCCUGGUGUGACGGUUCCUGGUCCAGAUAUGGAUGCGAACCAGGUGCCUCUUUCGCCGCCGGCCUCGCCCCAGCUGAAACACACAGUGGAACCGCUGCAGCUAUCGUUCAGCGUUGCGGCUCUGCUGGGGGACAAACUCUCAGACCGGAAGUCCGUGCGGAAGAGCGACGUGGGUUCCCAUCCCGCAUUGCCGCCCACCCCUCAACCUUCAGACUCUGAGGAAGACGAGCCGCCCCGUAAGCGGCGAUGCGUCGAGCAGUGCGAGCUAGCGAAGUUGCUGCUAGACGGCACGCCGCCGCCGAGUCCGGAACCAACCCGGGUUUCGGUAAUAAUGCGGGCCAAUCGGGACGGCACCUGCAGUCCGGCGAAUCUCGCGGGGAGUACGGCGACCAGCCGACUGGUACCAGUACCACCACGUGACUCGGCCGCGCUCAGUCCGCGAGCGAACGUGCGAGCGAACGCUGCGGAAGCGCAACCACCGGUGGAGGACGUCCUUCGCAAUAUAAAAUUCAAGAUGAGCCUGCGCAAGGAGGAGAUCAUCGUUAACAGCAAGAACACCGAUCGUGAGAGCUGUAACCAGCCGCAACAGCAGCAGCAAUUACCAAAACUGCAACCCCUGGCACCUAAACCAGCUCCGAUCGUGGUGACGGGUCUGUUGGGCUCUCCUCUGGUUUUGCCGCGAGCACCUCUUCUUUUGGUAACCAGCGCGGCACCGACUACAGCCACCGCGACGACCACGACGAUGAGCUCAAGCGCGGUGGAGACGCGUCGUCGGGUGUACGAGUGCGAGCAUCCAGGCUGCGGCAAGAACUACUUCAAGUCGUCGCACCUGAAGGCUCAUACGCGCACCCACACGGGCGAGAGACCGUUCCCGUGCCCCUACGAGGACUGCAGUCGUCGCUUCUCCCGCAGCGACGAGCUCUCGCGGCACAAGCGAACCCACACCGGCGAGAAGAAGUUCGCCUGCGUCGUUUGCCAGAGGCGAUUUAUGAGGAGCGACCAUCUGGCGAAGCACGUGAAACGCCACGCCAGAGAUAAGACCUCAUCAUCGUCCUCGUCGUCGUCCUCGAACGGUCAGAUCUCUGCCUCUCAGCUGGCCCCGACGCAUCUGAGAGUAAAUCUACUUCCGGUGCUUGCGCCGCGAUUAGCGUCACGACCAGUUCAGCAGUUUGUAUCACCUCAGCUGGCGGCUUGAAGGAUGCUCACGACUAUUUAAUGUCUAUUGGAAAUCUUUCACGGUCUUGAUGCGUCUUAAUCAGGAUCCCGGAAUUGCUCCCGGCGCAAUGGAAGCUGAAGAUGAAGAGUUUUCUUGAUGGUUCGAGCGCGCUGUAAUAAUGAAGACUGGAAUGAUCUAUAAAUGGUGGAUAAGAGUUGAAGAUAAGAAUUAAAGCAUCCGAUGCUGGAUGUUUUAAUUAAGGUACAAAAUUGUACCCAGCGUACGGAAGAUAAUGACUUUGUUUUUUUCUGAUGGAGCGGUACCGAUUGGAAACACGAGCAUAAUUCAGGGAUAAUCUGGUUAAUCGGAAGAAUGUCUCUUAUGAAGACAUAUAAUGAAGAAGAUUUCGACGUUUCAAGAUUACCGAAUACAGACGAGAAUAAAUGUCAAAUGAGCAGGAACGAAGAGCGAAGUGAGCCGUACUUAAGCAAAGGCACGAGACGGCGAUAGGUCGUUAUGCAGAGGACUUUGUUGUCGUUCGCAAACCGAGUACCUAUAAGUGUGUCUGUGAUUUGUGACGCGUGAAGGCUAGUGUACCGUUUAGUUGAGAGAUUUACUAUCUCGAGAAUCACUCGCGGGGAGUCAGGCUCAUAUUCAUAACACAUAUUCAGCGUUAAAUGUGGCCAUAUUGUAGUUCACAAUCGGAAUGAUUAAUUGCGAUUGUCACGUUUAAAUAAAAUGAAUUCGGAUAAAUAGAUUAGUCGCAUUUAACGCUAAAUAUAUGAGAUAUAAAAACAGAUUUUAAAUUUCCAAGGGUACCAAUUAAAGUUGCUCGAUUCUUCGCUGGUCGGAGAUUCUUUGUAGACGAUACAGAAGUCUAAAAAAUGCAUCGACAAGGCAUUUCAGAUAUAUUUUCUCGGAUAUUGCUUAAAUUGUUUUUAGAUUUUUGUAUUGUUUAACUUACUAUCGAGAAUUGCUCUGUAAUAUCAAGUGCGUUGAUUGAGAUAUAGAAAGAAAAAUUAUUUAUUUACGAAUAAGAAACAAAACCUUUAUAUAUAUGACGAUUUACAUAUAGACUUAUGAAAUUAUAAUCGCUAUAAGUUGACGACUAUAAUUAUAUAUGUACAUAUUUUAAAUAUAAAUAACGCAAGAGCGGCAAAGAUGCAAACAGCAAAAAAAAAGAUCGUUUAUCGAUGAAUUUUAUUAAUUGUCAAAAAAUUACGAGAAAUUGUUUUCUACAUUCUUGAGCUAUUUGAAAUAUUCUUUCUCUGUUCAGAGUUUAUUUUAUUACCGAGGUUAUUUUUAUACCGCUUACAAAAGAGUAUGCUUGUGUUGUAACUUUUAAAAUAUCUAGAAUUACGAAUGUAUAUAUGUAUAUGUAUGUAUCACAUAGCCAGGUAAAAACUUUACUUGGCGACUUUAUAAGACUUGAGUGGAAAUAUCGUUAAAAAAGCAUAUAAAGAUUUUUCUACAAUCAAAUAAAUUGUAUACUUUCGUAAAUCAUUACGAA